AAACAACAGUGAGUAGAGACACAAACUGUAUUAGUAUUCUCUCUCUCGCUCUCUCGCUCUCUCUAGUUUGAUACCAGAAUCUAGAAGCGACUCAUUCCUGUAAAAUCGUCACACUAAGUUCGGAUUACUGAUUUACCAAAACACCUUUAUUUUAAAAAGAAAAUAUCCAAGAUGGCACAUCAAGAUUUUAUUGAGAAAUUCGGCGGAAAAUGGAAACAAGAAAAAACAGAAAAUUUUGAGGAAUAUUUUAAGAUUAUGGAUUUGAAUAUCAUCCUCAGGAAACUUAUGAUGAAAGUCAGCCCCACGGAGGAAUAUAAACUUGACGGCGACUAUGUGGUCACGAUUAACAGCGUUGGGCCAACUUCAAAUCAAAACAAGUUUAAAUUAAAUGAGGAAUUUGAAGAGGAAAGAAUGGGGAAAAAAAUGAAGAGUUUAUGUCGAUUUGAAGAUGGCAAGCUCAUAAUCACGAGUACAUCGGUUGAUAAUCCAGCUAUAAAACCUCAAACUGUAACGAUUGAAAAGAUCACAGACGACCAAACCUUGACGACGAUCGUGGUGGGUGAUAACGACUUGGUGUGUAAAAGAUAUUUUAAAAGAGUUCCAGAAUAGUUGAAUCGAGAGAAGAGUUUUAUAUUGAGUGGAUGUCAUAAGAUGGAACCAACAUCUAAUGUUAAAUAGAAAUACAUGUAGUCGUCUAAAUAUAAACUUUACCAGUUGAUUCUCUUGACAUGGCCAUUAUUUUCAAACCCUCGUGAUGAUCUUACUGUUACUAUUACCACAUUGGUAAUCUGAAACCUAUAGACCUUAUUCUAUCGCUAAUUCCACUGCUACGUUUUGAUGAUAUUGUAAACGAACCAUACCUCAAAUUUCCAUUUUGUAAAGUAUAAACGAAGCUCUUGUAAAGCACGUAUUUAAACGACUAUACCCCUUCCAUUUUCUAACAUAUUCAUUAUAUUCUCUUUUAAAUACUUUAAAGUUCAAUAUUUUUCAAAUCAUUUUUAUUUAUUACAUUGUAUCUCAAAGAAUUUAAUAUUGCCUUCUAAUUUAUAUAUGUAUGCAUUAUUCUGUUUAAAUAAAUAUAUAGUAUUUU